UCCGUUCAUUCUCUCUCAUCUCAACCUAAACUUCUCUCUUGUGUGCUUACACUUCGCUUCUCUUUUCGCGGUCGAUCCGUUCCUUUUUCUCUUACGCCUUGUCUAUCUUCGACAUUCGUUCGUUUCGUUUUAACGGCUGAGCCAGUUUAAUUUUAUAGUAGUUGAGAUUUAUGUACUCUGGGAGUUCUUCUAAUCAUAUUACUUGUUGUUGGAUCCACCUAUCUACCUAGUUAUAAUCACUCCUUCAUAUUCACAAAGCUAUGCAUUUCUCUAACAGCUAUAUACCAACACUGUUGGCCCUCGUCUCUGUAGCAACUGCUACAGGAGGAGCGGCUCCAGCUGAGAUUGUUACGGAGACGAUUCACGAGACAGUUCAUGUGACAUUACCACCAGAAACAAUAAAAGAGACGAUACAUAUGACUCUGCCUCCCGAGACAGUAAAGGAGACUGUAAAGGAGACCGUAAAAGAGACCAUGCAUGUAACUCUACCGCCGGAAACAGUGAAGGAAACUAUUCAUGUUACCCUACCUCCAGAAACGGUGAAGGAGACCGUUCAUGUUACUCAACCGCCAGAGACGAUAAAGGAGACGGUACACGUCACCCUGCCUCCACAGACCGUGAAGGAAACCGUACACAUUACUCUACCACCGCAAACAGUGAAGGAAACAAUACACGUCCCGGUGACAGAAGUUGUUCAUGUUACGAAGACCGAGGUCCAAAAGGAAUCGAUUACACUACCUCCACAGACAGUAAAGGAAACGGUUCAUGUCACUAUCCCUGUCACGAAGGUAGAAGAGAAGCUCCUCACGAAUACAGAAUUGAAGACGGAACUGAAGACGGAAACCAAGCACGAAAUAAAGACCGAAGUACAAACCGCAAUUCAAACGAAACUCGAGACCAAGGUUGAGACCGUCCACAUUACGCUUCCUCCCCAGACAGUGAAGGAGACGGUGCAUAUCAGCAUUCCUGUCACUAAGGUGGAAACUGUAAAGGAAACCGUACACAUCAAUAUUCCGGUGACCACGAUACAGACUGUGAAGGAAACUGUGCACGUGAGCGUUCCCGUAACGCAGGUGCAAACUGUGAAGGAGACAGUACAUGUUACUAUCCCCGUCACGAAAGUCGAGACGUUGCAGGAGACCGUCGUUGUGAGCGUACCCGUGACGAAGGUGGAAACUCUCAAGGAGAGCAUCCCUGUUACGCAAAAGGAGACAGUGAAAGAGACACUGCAUGUUAGUAUUCCGGUAACCAAGGUGGAAACCGAAACUGCCAAGGAGACGGUACACGUGAGCAUUCCGGUCACAGUGAAGGAGUCAGUAGCCAUUAGUGUUCCCGUGACGGUGAAAGAGAGCGUUGCUGUUACGGUCCCCAUCACCGAGGUCAAAUCGAUCCAUGAGACUGUAGCUAUCACGAAGACCGAAGUAUCGCAUCAGCUCGAGACGGUUGCGCUUACCAAGACAGAGGUCUUGAGCCAUAUACAGACACAGGUGCUCACAGAGACGGUCCAUGUCUCUCUACCGCCGCAGACGGUCAAGGAGACUGUUCAUGUCAUCCAAGCUGUGACCGAAACUGUUCACGUGACCCUUUCGGCAUACACUCAGACGGUACACGAGACGGUACAUGAGACGGUCCACGUUACUCUGCCGCCGCAUGUGAUGACAGUGUCCGAAGUUAUCCACGUCACUGUUACAGAAAUAGCAGAGGCCUGCCAUCAAACGGAAGUAAUCGUUCACGAAACCACUCCUCCGGUAGUCCACGAGACUAUCGUAGUCCCGCCUAUGGUCCAUAUAACGUCCGCGGCUCCCUCUAUGGUUCACACGACAUCUAUGGCCAUGUAUCAUGUUAACGCCACGUCGGUUGCUCCUCCCAUGGUCCACGAGACCAUUGUAAUUUCUCAAGCAACGGGCCAUAUGGCACCGUCUAGCCCGAGUGUAGUAGCAGUCCCGCCGCCCGCAUCGUCUCUAUCAUUAGGAUACAUGAUGCCCCACAAUGCCCGGCGAUGGCAGGCGUGAGCUCCCCGGUUCAUUGCUUAAUACACUACAAUAGGGGCGUGAAUAUUGAUGGGUUCAACGGGGUGUGAUUUUGGUAUACGGGUUGCUUGCGGGUCUUAGAAGAGUUUGGCAAAUGUAGGAUUUUCAUAAUGCUCAAGUCCGGUCUACUUUUCUCUACGUUUCGAUCUCUUUAGCCCAUGCUUGGAUGGAUUUUACGCAAAUAGGACAAAAACAACAAGGUACAUUUUGAUAUUUGAAACUGCAUAUUUAACUAGAAAUACC